AAACGAUUAUCACAGACAGGAAGUAAACUACACAUUUGCAAAAAUAUGAACGUUGUGGAGCAUAAACUGUAGGGGGAAAAAAGUACUUGUUCGUUUGUUAUUAGCUAACAGAAAGCAAUAUGAGUCAGUUAAUGAUUGCUCUCUCACCAAACUAAAGCGAACAAGAAAGGUAUUUCAGCAGAAGUGUGAAAUGUCGUUUCCCCAGCCCAAACCUGAGGUCCCUCAGCUCCCACAAAACCUUCUCAGGACCAUAGACUGCCAACAAGGGGCUGUAAGAGCUGUGCGAUUCAAUGCUGAUGGUAACUACCUGCUGUCUUGCGGCAGUGACAAGUCUCUGAAGUUGUGGAGUGUAAGUCGAGGGACACUACUGAAGACGUACAGUGGCCAUGGAUACGAAGUGCUAGAUGCUGAUGGUUCCUAUGACAACAGCCAGCUGUGUUCCUGCAGCUCGGACAAGACGGUGAUCCUCUGGGACGUCGCCACGGGACAGGUCACCCGGAAACUCAGGGGUCACGCUGGGAAAGUCAACUGUGUCCAGUUCAAUGAAGAAGCUACAGUCAUUUUAUCUGGCUCCAUAGAUGGUACAGUGCGUUGCUGGGACACCAGGUCCAGAAAAUUUGACCCCAUCCAGAUUCUGGACGAGGCUCAAGAUGGUGUCAGCAGUCUGAAGGUGUCUGAACACGAGCUGCUCACUGGGUCAGUGGAUGGGAGAGUGAGACGGUAUGACCUGCGGAUGGGCCAGCUGCAUGUGGACUUCAUCAACAGCCCCAUCACGUGUGUGUGUUUCAGUGCGGACGCCCAGUGCACUCUGACCUCCAGCCUGGACUCCACCGUGCGUCUACUGGACAAGAGCACAGGGGAGAUGCUGGGAGAGUACACAGGACACAAGAUGAAGGGCUACAAGCUGGACUGCUGUCUGUCCAGUAAGGAUACUCACGUCCUGAGCUGCUCUGAGGACGGACACGUGUACUGCUGGGACCUGGUAGAGGGUUCUCUGACGCUGAAGCUGCCAGUCGGGAAGGCUGUCGUCCAAUCGCUGUCUUUCCAUCCCUCGGAGACCCGCCUCCUCACAGCCAUGGAGGGGCGUGUCCAGGUGUGGGGGGCGGAGCCAGAGGAAACUGAGGAGGACGUGGUGGUUGUUCAACAGGAAAAAGCAUAGUCAUCAUUAGAUGGACAUAACAGAAAGGACAAGAGUCAUGAUAUCGUCAGAACUGAUGAGUUCCCUACUGUACAUGAACUGUCUGUUCUGGACUCAGGGUCAGGGAUCGGAUUUUGGUUGAGGGAAAUGGUUGUGUGGUUGAAAAGGGACGUGCCGUUGCUUCCAUGGCUAAAAUAUGGAAUAAAUCAAUGAAAGUACUGCUGAUGUCCCAGCAUUAUCAAUAAUUUUUUUUUAAUAUUCAUUGUAAAUAUUUUGUAAAUUAUGAGUUUUGAAUAAACCCUUGUUGUCCAAAUGAAUCAUAGGCUCUAAUAAUAAUUUCUUAGUAGCCAUGAGGGAAAAUGUAAUAUCACUCACCAACAUUGGUCAUAAAACAUUUAGAUUUGGUUCUUUAUUACGAGUUGUACAUAUGAACAUGGCACAUGGACAAAAUAAAUUAAGUAGCAUCAUACAGGAAUCAUCUCAAAUAAAUAAAUAAUUUAUUUUACAUAAAUAC